AAUCUUCGAAAAUUCGCCAUUCCGGUUGUUGUGUGGCAGAGAGGCGUAUUGGUUUCGAAAAUAUUCCUCAAAUUUCUAUUGCAUUACCGCCUGCUAAAAUUUUUUACACUAAUUCUCUACUACAAAACAAAUACGUUCUGCGGAAGCAGUAGCCAACUGGACUUGGACUGUGAAGUGUUAGUGAAGUGAGUCUUAUGUGUAUCGUAAUUUUAUAGUGAAAUUAAAAUGGGUGCUAAAGUAUCCCGUACCGACUUUGAGUGGGUUUAUACGGAGGAGCCGCAUGCCAGCCGCCGUAAAAUCAUUUUGGAAAAGUACCCCGAGAUAAAGCAGCUCUUCGGCUACGACCCUCUCUUCAAGUGGGUGGUGACGGCGAUGGUGGUAACCCAGCUGGCGUCCUUCCCGCUGGUGGCGCGGCUCAGCUGGGGGCCGUUGCUGAUCGCCGCCUACUGCUUCGGAGGAGUUAUAAAUCAUUCGCUCAUGCUGGCGAUCCACGAGAUAUCUCACAAUCUCGCGUUCGGCCACAGCCGGCCGCUGCACAACCGACUGUUUGGGUUCUUCGCAAAUUUACCUAUAGGGAUACCCAUCUCUAUCAGCUUCAGGAAAUACCAUCUCGAGCAUCAUAGGUAUCAAGGCGACGAAGUCCUAGACACGGACCUCCCAACCCUCAUAGAAGCUAAACUCUUCAACACCACAGCAGGGAAGUGUCUCUGGCUCCUUCUCCAACCGUUCUUCUACUCAUUCCGUCCGUUGAUAGUGCGUCCGAAGCCCCCGACUCCGAUGGAGCUGGUCAACUUGGUGAUUCAGCUGUUUUUCGACGCGCUGAUCGUGAAGUUUUUCGGCUGGAAGGUGCUGGGCUACAUGAUCUACGGGUCACUGAUGGCGAUGGGCCUGCAUCCGGUUGCAGGCCACUUCGUCUCCGAACACUACAUGUUCCGCAAAGGCUUCGAAACCUACUCGUACUACGGCCCCCUGAACUGGAUCACGUUCAACGUGGGCUACCACAACGAGCACCACGACUUCCCCGCCGUGCCUGGCAGGAGGCUGCCUGAGGUAAAACGCAUAGCCUCCGAGUUCUACGACAACCUGCCCCAGCACCACAGCUGGACGAGCGUGCUGUACGACUUCGCCACGGACCCCGAGGUGGGGCCCUACGCGCGCGUCAAGAGGAAGCAUAGAGGGCUGGAGAGCUAAGUUGUUAGGUAUACAAUUACAAAGUCGAUCCUGAUGGCACAACAUUUGAUUUUAGCCAAUGGAAACUGAGAUGUACACAUAUAGAGUCGAAUUUCUAACAAAAAACAUACACAUACAAACGAAUUGAGAACCUCCUACCUUUUUUCGAAGUCGGUUUAAAAGCACUAAAAGCAAGGCUGGUUUAAUCUAUUGCUGUAAUGCUUUGUCACUAUGCUGUCAAAGAAGCGAGCAAUAGAUUUAAAUGCGUUUAAAUGUUUCGUGCAAGCCACAGAGUUAUAUGACACCGUUUGGGGUCGGAUGGCCGUGUGUGAGAUGUCCCCACAUAUUAUUACGACAACUUGCCCCAGCACCACAGCUGGACCAGUGUGCUGUACGACUUCGCCACCGACCCCGAGGUGGGGCCCUACGCGCGCGUCAAGAGGAAGCAUAGAGGGCUGGAGAGCUAAGUUGUUAGGUAUACAACCAUUUCGAUUCUGAAGGCAUUUAAUUUUAGCGAUGUCAAACUAUAAAUUUUGCAAGAUACCAGAGUCGAAUUUCAAACAAAACACAUACAUACAGACGAAUUUAGAACCCCCCCCUUUUUUCGAAGUCCCCACAUAUUAUUAUUAUUACGACAACCUGCCCCAGCACCACAGCUGGACCAGUGUUCUCUACGAUUUCGCCACGGACCCCGAGGUGGGGCCCUACGCGCGCGUCAAGAGGAAGCACAGAGGGCUGGAGAGCUAAGUUGUUAGGUGUUCACUGUGGGAAAAAGAGGGGGAGAAAAUGGUGUGAAUUUGUGAGGAUUUAGGAAGGUAGAUUUGCAACGGGUAAAAAAUGGGACAUAACAGGGCUGGAGAGCUAAGUUGUUAGGUCUACGAUGAUAUCGAUCCUGAAUGAUGUCAAACUGUUAAUUUUGCAAGUGGAAACUGAGAUUUACCAAAACAUACAUAGAGACAAAUUAAAAAAAAACAUACAUAUAUACGGACGAAUUGAGAACCUCCUCCUUUUUCGAAGUCGGUUAAAAAAAAGGUAGAAUUUGUGGCUUGCACGACACAUUUAAAUCUAUUGCUCGCUUGCUUUGACAGCAUGACAGCAAUAGAUUUAAAUGUUUCGUGCAAGCCACCCUCAGCCAGCCGCAGUUCUAUGGCAUCGUUUGGAAACAUGUGAGGGGGGAGAAAGGUGUAAGUGUAGGAGGGGAAUGUUUAUUUUGCAAUGGGGGAAAGAUGGAAGAUUAUUUUUGUCUUUAAAUAGAGUUAAUGGCCAAUCUUUUACCCGUUGCAAAGUUUGGGAUGUUGGACUUUACCACAUAUAAUUUUGAGACUCAGAGAUCGAUUGAGACUUAUGCCAAUAUGUCCCAUUUAAAAUAUAACUUUUGUAUUCAAACAUACUUUACAUUCAAAUACAGUUUAGUACAUGAAACAUCUAUGUGUCUAUAAGAAGUUAUAAUUACUGUAUCAGAGUUAAUAGAAUAGGAUAUUUUGUUAUAAUCAAAUAAACAUAUACUAUACCCUCCAAAGAAAUAUUUGCUGUGUUAAAAAGAAGAUGUAUAAAAAUAUAAAACUAUUCAAACUCUAUGUUUGCUUCUGAACUAGACUUCUUCAUUUGUUUUCUUAAUUUUUUUUUACUGUACUGUUUUCAGUGAAAAAUGGCUAAGACCAUUAUGCCAACAGUACGGUAUAAAAAAGUACCUAUACAGGGUGUUGCAAAAAGGGUAUUAUACUAAUUCCUAAUGACCCCCUGAGUCACUACCUUUCGGCUUGGUAUACUCUUUUAGCAACAGCCUGUAUUUGUAUAUAAAAAGCAUACUUAAAUAUAUUUCUGGAAACUUGCAACAUCUUAGUAUUCGCCUUUUCGACUAUGUAUUUAUGGCUUUUAAAAUGGCCACCUGCCUUAUUGUUAAAAUCGUGUGUAGGGAUUUUGAAUCAGUAUUCCAAGAUUUGCAUUUCAAGUAGAAUAAUUAUUUAGACAUCACUUGAAGACUACAGGGGAAAACAAAAAAUGAUAGUU